AUGAGCUGGAUUCGUAGCGCCGAAAGGACGUCUCUCAUAUACGCAGUCUCUAGUGUCGCAUUGCCGCUUACUAUACUCGCAUUCUUCCUAUGGCGUACCUUCGUUAGUAGCAAGAACACAACUGCAACCCCGCUCGAUAUCAGUCGGUGGAGGUCUCAAAUAGAGACACCAAAGCCGAAGAUCUUCCCUUGCCAGACGACGCAUGCUCGUAUCUUCCCGAAACGCCAUGGCUUCGCAUACUCGUACCUCCAGUGUGGAUUUCCCAUCGUCUCGAGCGGAACGAAGUACAACGGAAUAGAGUUUCCGAGUGGAGAAGAUCGAACUUUGGGUAGAUGGUGGCUACGUGUCAGAGCGGAGGACUAUCUGGAGCGAGGCGGUGGCGCUUUUGGUUUCUACUGGAAGCUGAGGACGUACCUGAGAGCCCAACAUGUCGAAGAUUCCGAAUGGGAAUAUGCCUACUUGGUGACGGCACCACGCUUCUUCGGCUACGCAUUCAACCCAGUCUCGUUCUGGUAUGUCUACGAUCGCGAGCAUGAGCUCAAGAAGAUGAUACUUGAAGUCAACAACACGUUCGGCGAAAGGCGCAUGUACCUGCUUGACGGAUCAAGCCCUUCCAGCCCGCCACGCACAUCAGACUCUGAGCAGACGUCUGGUUCGGAGGGCCAGGAAUCGCAAGUACCUGUCGAAGCGAAGUCCAAGUUUACCGAUGUCUGGAUGAAAGACUUCCAUGUCUCGCCGUUUAACUCUAGAAAGGGUUCGUAUGCGUUGAAGGCACAAAACCCUUUUCCGUGUGUUGAUUACAGGAACCCUAUGAUCGAUAAUACUAUCACACUCAAGUCCUCCAAGGAUCAUGGGAAGCUUGUAGCACGCCUUUACUCCACCGGAAAGGCUAUUGAUACUGACCAGUUGGGCCUCUUCGGAACUAUGCGGUUCAUUCUAAGCUGGUGGUGGGUAGGGUUCGUUACGUUCCCGCGCAUUAUCAGAGAAGCUUUCAAGAUCUUCUUCAAGAGAAAACUGCAUGUGUGGUUCCGACCAGAAGUCCUGACGUCGAGCGUUGGCCGACUACCCACAUCCGCUGACAUGUAA